GGGCAAACCAAGUACCAUUGCAAUAUUUUGACAUCGUAGAGAACGUUUUUGUAGAAGGAAUUUUUGGGCCAGCUGAUUUGAAAGAGCAGGAAAAAUUCUACUCUGAGGGCUAUCCCAUGAGGUCCAAAAUCUAUAUCAGUCACUGGUGCAAUAUGCAGUAUUGAUAUUUGUUCCGAAAGUAACCGAUCGAACACAGCGAGUGGAUUGUCGCGAUGAGAACCAAUUUUCUUCUCCUUCUCUUCUAUUUUGCUGUUGUUCACUGCAGAAUACGCUCAAAGACAGAUCGUGUGGACCUCUUAAUACAGGAUAUCGUUGAAAAUGAUGUUGAUAAAACAAGAUCAGAGGAGACCACUGGUCUAUUUGAAGGGGACAUUGUCAUCGAUAAAGACACGGAACGAUAUCUUACUGGUGGAGAGAUCACAUCACGUGACGCUGUCGUCAGUCCGGUUCUAUAUUGGCCGAAAGGGAUAGUUUACUACACGUUUGACGAGGCUUUAGCGCCUUUUACCGUUGAUCUUAUCAAACAAGGAAUUCGCCAUCUGAAGGAAAGGACAUGCUUGAAGUUUGUCGAACUUCCGAAAAAAGACACACAGCAUAAAAGUUAUGUGAGGUUCUUCAGCGGAGAUGGGUGUUACUCCAGGAUUGGCAGGGAUCCCGGUGAUAUCGAGCAGAAUAUUUCCAUCGGCAUUGGGUGCGAGAGGAUUGGGACGGUCGUACACGAGAUCAUGCACGCUUUGGGAUUUUUCCACGAACACACCAGGCCGGACCGCGACAAAUACAUCAACAUAGAUUGGAAAAAUAUUGAACAGGAACAUGCUCGCAAUUUCCAAAAGUACCCGCGAGAUCUGGGCUCUAGCUUUGGCAAGCCAUAUGACUAUCAAAGUGUGAUGCAUUACAGCAAGUUUGCGUUCAGCAAAGAUAGGAACAUUCCCACAAUAGUGCCAACGGAUGAAAAAGCCACCAUUGGCCAGAGACUGGGCCUGAGUUACUAUGACAGAGAGGAAAUCAAUAAAUUGUAUAACUGUCAAGAGGAUUGUGUUGACAAGAUGAGCCCGUAUAAGUGCAUUCUUUUGCAAACACUUCAGAUGUGUUCAAGUCCCAGAGUUCAAGCAUUCAUGAUUGAUGAUUGCCCUAAAACGUGCAAUUUUUGCGCUCGAAGGGAUAAUGUGUCAGCUAAGGACUCAACAUCAAGCAAGAGCUAACAAAUAAUGACUUGAAAGUAAAACUUGUACUUUUUGCACUCAAUUAACUUGUUAAUUACAAAACAUGCUAUUUUGGAGAAUAAAGAUCUAUUUUUGCUA